AUGUCCUCAUCGUGGCCACUGCCAUCAUCAUCAUUAUCAAUAGAUAAUAAUUCCUCUCUCUACUUUAUGGGGAGCAAUCAAUGGUAUCAAUCUGGAAUUCCAGGUUUGGAAUCUAAAUAUGAAUCGUUCAUGAAUAUUCAACCUGUUCCAACACCUUGGAAGGGUUCCGAAGAUAUUAUUAAAGUUUCUUGUGGAGCAGAGUUUACUCUUGUAUUAUUGAAGAAUGGGAAAGUGUUUGGAGCUGGUUAUAACGGAUAUGGCCAGUGCGGAACUAGGAGCAAUCAAUCAUUCCAAGAAUUCCGAUACUUGAGUGGAUUGCAGAAAUUUGAACCCAUUCGAAACAUUGCAACAGGAGCAGAGCACACUGUAGCAAUAUCUGCAAAAUUUGAAGUGAUUGCUUCAGGUUAUAAUACCCAUAAUGAGCUUGGAGAAAAUGAAGGAAUCAACUCGUUUGAAUUUAAACCGAUGAAUGCAUUAUUGGAACUUGUGAGGCAGCAUGAAGAAAAUUUUGAAAUUACGAACGUUUAUUGUGGAAGUUGGACGACGAGUGUCUUGACAAAAGCUGGAAAUGUAUACACAUGUGGAGAAGCUAGUUCAGCCACCACUGAAUGUCGUAAAAUGAAUAUUUCAUGUGUGAAAGAGCUCUUCUCGGGCGAACGAAUAAUAUUCUGUAGAGACAUUUUUAAUGAUUUUUACGUAUUGACAGAUGAUCAAGCACCUUUGAAAAUUAUGUUUGAUAAGACGUCCAUUGUUCUGAACCGAUUAUUUUGUAAUGUAGAUGAGGAAGGUUUCAUUGGAUAUGAAAUUUUUGACAAAUCAUCAGGCAAAUGGUAUGUCGACAUGAAACAGGGAAUUCUAUCAGACAUCGAUGAGCGUACCUUGCAAGUAGAAAAACGAGAACAGAGUUUUCUACUCACGCCCGAUUUGGAGAUCACUAAUGGUGAGCCAAUGCCGUUGAUCAAAGAUGUAGUUUACUGUUUUCAAACAAUUAUUAUUUUGUUUAAAGAUAACACAAUACGGGCGUUUGAAACAGACAGAGGAAAAGAGAAAUUGGAUGUUACAGAAUGGAACAAAAAACACAAAAAUAGUGAUGUGAAUUUCAGAUUGAGUGCUUCACAUCAACACAUGAUGAUUUAUGUUCAAGCCAGUCAUCCUACGAAAAACCUCACUCAAUUUUUUACUGCACUCAAGCUAAGCAUUAAUAUGAAAACUAUUUUGCAUGAUACUUCAUUUAGUUUUUCAAAUUAG